CGCGUACGCGCCUUGUCGGCGAGAAUGGCGGGGCCUCAAGUGCCUCAAGCGCCAUAAAAUGCAGUCCAACGCCCGCCCUUUUCUCGAAGCUUUGGGGUUGUUCGCGUGCAACACGAGGCCUGACAAAGGCGUCGGCAACGGUGUCGAACCCGCGACAACGGCCAGUGAAACGCUUCCAACGGCCACAGUUUGCCUUUCUGCGACACGGCUGCCAUUCUGCCUUUCGCUCUGCCGCGUCCUGACGCCCUCCCGCCGCCUUCGUGUCGCGCUUCCUCUUUGCGAUCGACAAAGCCCCCUAAGCCGGCCGGGCUGUCCGGAUAACCUCGUCCUCUCCCACGCCUUUGCAUCUGUGACACGCCAAGUAUGACAGCGUCAAGAACCACAUCACCACGCGCCGCCGGCAUGGACCCGCCGCGCCGCAACACCGACACGGGCGACCCGCCGUCCGUCCAAGUCCUCUGCAACCAUUCGCUCGUGCGCCGCCUGGCCGAGUUCCAGCCCGGCGUCGCGUACGCAAUCACGGCGUACUGCCGCCAACUCAAGACGGACCGCCCGACGCUCGCGCUCGCGCUCAAAGACAACAGCCUCGUCGGCGUCGCCGCAGCGCGCGGCGACUUGCGCAUGGUCCAGACGGUCCUCGCGCACAUGGCCCAUCCCGACCGCGCGAUCGAGUACGCCAUGUUCUGCGCGAUCCUAUCCGGCCAGCUCCACGUGCUCGAGCACCUCUACCGCGUCUGGCUCGAGAGCGACAGCAGCAACAACAACGCCGUGCCGCCGAUCUCGACGUAUGCGCUCAACGGCGCCGCCAAGCACGGCCAUCUUGCGAUCCUGCGCUACUUGCACGCGCUGGACGGCGUCGUCGGCUGGACGACCGACUGCAUGAACAGCGCCGCGGCCUCGGGCCACCUCGACAUCGUGCGCUUCUUGCACGAACAUCGCAAUGAAGGCUGCACCGUCUACGCGAUGAACCAAGCCGCCGAGCAUGGCCAUCUGCACGUCGUGCGCUUCCUCCACGAGCAUCGUACGGAAGGGUGCACGAGCUUUGCGAUGGACCAAGCGGCCAAGAACGGCCAUCUCGGCGUUGUCCGCUUCCUCCACGAACACCGCAACGAAGGCUGCACGACGUACGCCAUGACGAGCGCGGCCUUUUCGGGCCAUUUAGAGAUUGUUCGGUUCCUCCAUGAAGUGCGCCACGAGGGCUGUACAAAGGAAGCGAUGGACGGCGCCGCGCUGUACGGGCACCUCGACGUCGUCCGCUUCUUGCACGAGUACCGCAACGAAGGCUGCACGGCGCGCGCGAUCAACUGGGCAGCCGCGCACGGCAGCCUCGACGUCGUCCGCUACUUGCAUUUGCACCGGUCGGAAGGCUGCGUGCACCACGCAAGCGCGCUCGCGGCGCAGUUUGGCCACGCGACGAUCGUGAGCUGGUGCCGCACGCUGCGGUAGACCCUUCUUCUCUUAUUUCUCGAUAUGGUUUGCAUGACUAAAGUGUACACCAACUAACGUACACAAAUAUAUAUUCCCAAUGCCUUGCA